CGUUUCGCCACCCCCCAUGGAAAAGAAAGUGCAUUCUUCUUAUCAACGCGUCGCCAGACCCAGAACAGACAUAAGCACACGGUGACGAUUCUCGUCCACCAUCAGCAGCAGCAGCAGCAGCAGCAGCAGUAGCAAUCUUAUCGAUGACGGCUUCCCAGAUUCUUCUCUCCGCAUGACCGCUGAUAACCGCCGAGCGAGUGUGGCUGGUCCGUCCAAGGAGCUUCAUGGGAUGAAUCGACUUCGGUUGGUUUCAGUACGGUGCCAUACACGCCACGGCGAGGUUCGUUCUUGAUCGAUCGUUGUACUAGAAAGUAACAGAAAGUUAACCGACGACCCCUGUAACCUUGUGCCCUACAUCACAUCUGUCAACCUGCAUCGUUACACACGAUAAAUCCUUCGUGGUGUUGGUUACAGGCCGUCCGACAGCAAAGAGUGUGUGUUGCAUAAUUGCCAAACCGCAAGCACGGAGACCGGUCGGUGCAGCUGCCAAGCGCACUUAGUGUGUUGCAUUCUGACUCUACCCUUCGUCGCGGACGCGUACGCUUCGCGGUAAAUCUGUCCUGGGAUCUCGUGGCCGGUGUUGUUGCUCAAGCCCGACGCACUUCCCGUCCGCACUGUGUUGUCGUACGUUUGCAAAGAGAGAGUGAAAAAAACACGACAAAACAUAAACAAACGCAACACCGCGAAACGUUGUGUACCGGAACGAGUAGAAAGUGUGGUUUCUAUUACAUGUGUUUACGUUGUAGGUGUAACCCGUCGGCGACCAUUUUCAUUGAAAAACAUGCCGAAAAUGAACUGAAAACAGUGGCAGAAAAGUGCGUGUAUGUGUGUUAUAUAUGUGUGUGUGUACGUAUAUCGGUACUGUUAGAAUAGAGUGAAAUCCUUCGUUUCGAGAGUCUCCUUCCCACCAGGAGCUACCGUUUGCCAACCAAUAUUUGGCCCAAUAUAUCUACCCUAAUUUCGGAAAGGGGUAGAACACGCCACGAGGGAACGAAGGCGCCCCGCCCCGCUGGCUCAUGAUUAUAUUUCACUGUCGUAGGCAGUUUUAGCUUCGGUUCUUUCGCCCGUUUCGUUCGUGCUGAAGACGCAGCAAGAAGGCAUCCAAAAUGGUAGAGAUUAACAAGAAACUGUUGCCCAUGAAGGCACACUACUUCCUCUUCAAUGCAGGAACGGCUCCAGUAGUGCCUUUUAUGCCGACGCUCGUGCGGCAGCUCGGCUUCUCUACGGUGAUCGUCGGAACGAUCUACACGGUCCUGCCGAUCGUGGGCAUGCUGGUGAAGCCCCUGUUCGGCAUCAUUGCCGAUCGGUUUCAGCGCCAGAAGCUGCUGUUUCUAAUCUUUCAGAUCCUUACAGCCGUUCCGUUCUUUCUGAUCAUGUUCAUCCCGGCGAUCCCGCAGGACUCGACCGUCACAUUCCACUGCCACAACGGGGCGGCCGACCUGAAGUACUGCCCGGACAAUGGGACCAGCAUUGACGCGUGCCUGGUGGAAAGCAUCACCACGAACGAGAGCAACGGCACGCUGCUGUGCGAUAUGGAGUGCCGCACCGAGCCGUGGAUGUGGGACACGGUGUGCAAGUACUGGAACGUGUCGGCGUACUGCGACGAGAAGAACAUACCGGCCGAUCGCAUCCUCCGACUGACGGGCGUCGUGCCCAACAACCACAUCAAUCUGGUCGACGAGUGUCUGUACUUUAUGCUGCGCGAGGGCCAGAUGGACGGCGACCGGGUACCGCUGUACUGUCCCGCGAACACGACAGACUUCCGGACGAGCUGCCAGGUGCAGUGCAACAACGAGCAGGUGAUGGGUGCGAUCUCACACUCGAAGAUUGCCGACGGCGACGUGACGGGGCUGUAUCAGUUCUGGUUGCUGUUCCUGUUCCUGAUCGUCAGCUGGGCCGGUAUGGCCGUGGUGGUUAGCGUCGGCGAUGCGAUCUGCUUCGAGAUGCUGGGCGACAAGCCGCACCUGUACGGCAACCAGCGGCUGUGGGGUUCGAUCGGCUGGGGCACGGUGUCGCUGUUUGCCGGCUUCCUGGUCGACACGCUGUCCGAGGGCAAGCUGACGAAGGACUACACGAUCGUGUUUUACAUGACGAUCGUGCUGAUUGGGUUCGAUAUGCUUUGCUCCUCCAAAUUGCAGCACACCCAGACACGCCUGUCCACCAACAUUCUGAAGGAUGUUGGCAAAAUAUUUGUCAACUUCCGGAUUUGUGUCUUUUUCUGCUGGUGUGUGCUGAUCGGCUUCGGAACGGCACUGAUUUGGAACUUUUUGUUCUGGCAUUUGGAGGAUCUGGCCAGCGCCCAGGAAGGAUGUGGCCAUUCGACUUGGAUUAAAACGCUGGAAGGCAUCAUCAUGUCGAUCCAAACGUUCGGCGGUGAGCUGCCAUUCUUUUUCCUGUCCGGUUGGAUACUGAAAAAGAUUGGCCACAUCCACGCGAUGAGCCUGGUGCUGCUUGGGUUCGGCGUACGCUUCCUGCUGUACUCGCUGCUGACCGAUCCGUGGUGGGUCAUACCGAUCGAGUUCAUGAACGGCAUCACGUUCGGUCUGUUCUACGCAACGAUGGCAUCCUACGCCAGUAUCGUUGCACCGCCCGGCACAGAAGCAACCAUGCAGGGACUCGUGGGAGCAGUGUUCGAAGGUGUCGGCGUCUCCCUAGGCAGCUUGCUGGCCGGCAAUCUGUUCCAUCGUAUCGGUGGCAGUGCAACGUUCCGCGCGUUCGGCACGGCGGCGCUCAUACUCUUCGUGCUGCACGUCGUCGUGCAGAAGCUGACCGACCGCUUCAGCAGCCAGGGUAAGCAAAAGCAACAGAAAAUGAACGGCUUGACGGACGUUAAGCUCAAGGAAAACGGAACGCAUUGCGGGUCGGGUGGCGGGCUGGGCGAGAACGGUCUCUCCAACGGACAGCUGGGCAAAACCGGCUCCAUCCUGUCGGAGUCCACCGUGCAGGAGGUGCUGCACGAAACCGACCAUGAGCAGGACCAGCUACACGAUUGCCCCCCCGCCAGCCGGGCAGAAGGGCAGAAGAAUGCCUUCAACGGGAACGUGGCCGGACACGAGGGAGAAAAGCAGCCGAACGGCAAUACGGCUGCCGCCGCCGCCGCUGUCCAAGGCCAGCUGUACGAAGUGCCAUUAAAUUAGGUUGGACGGGAGGGAUCGCUUCUUCCUCCUACUAUGUUGUCCUUUCAACAAUUCAACAUGAUAUUACACAUCCGGGCAAAAUGGAAGGGGGUUUGGAAAAUCAAUUAGUUGUAAGCGCUGGGGAAGCCCUUCACGCCCGCGUACUGAUACCAUUUACAUUCUCGCAAUCUGCCACAACCAUUGCCACGACCACACAUACAACACACAUACAAACGCAUACAUCCGUACACACAAAAAAAGACCACUUCACCUCACCAAAUCCUUCCCAUCGAACGGAUUAUGGACGUACAAAGAACGGCGGUUCAGUUUUUUUCUUCCGGUAACUGAUUGUUAGUUUGCGAUAAGUUUGCAUUUAUGUCUUUUGUUGGUUUUUGAUUUUGACGGUCCCCUAUCUUUCUUCCUGCUAUGAUGUUCGUAGACUAGCAUUGUGUACAAGUAAUAAAUACGAUUUAUAAUUCAUCAUUA